AUGUACGCAUCAUUUAAUUCGCUUAGUCAUCGCGAGACGAAGCGAAAAGCGCUGCUAAGACAGACUGAGAAGGAUCUUGCAAUUCGCAAUCACUUAGAAGGACGUUAUAAGGACGCAUUAUGGAGUGCUGAUAUUCAAAAUAAUCGUCUAAGUAUGAUCCCAACUAGAGUAACGUCAUCAACUCAGACAGAUGCUAGCAUUCCGCCAGCUGCUGUUAUUGAUUCGGUGACAUACUCUUCAGAUGAGGAUACAGGAAAUAAUGCAUCCAGACAUAACAGCGUAAGCGAUGCCUCAAUGACCUCAGAAGUAUCAUCAAAAUACGUUUUUAGUGAGACAGAUCUCCAAGAAGAAGCACAUCGUCUCCAAGAAGAAGCUCAUAAGGAGCAAUGGCGACUUGCACUAUUUAAGAAACAGUAA